AUGCUAGUUAUUGGUAUUUACUACUACUUACUGGUAGUUACUAGUAGUUGCUGGUGGUUACUGGUAGUUCCUAGCAAUUAUCGGCUGGUAGUUACUAGUAGUUGCUGGUAGUUACUAGUAGUUUCUAGUAGUUAUCGGUAUUUACUAGUAGUCACUGGUAGUUACUGGUAGUUACAAGUAGUAGUUGUCGGUAGUUUUCAGUAGUUACUGGUAGUUAGUAGUAGUUCUCGGUAGUUACUAGUAGUUGUCGCUAGUUACGAGUAGUUACUGGUAGUUGGUGGUAGUUAUUGGUAGUUACUAGUAGUUAGUGGUGGUUAUCAGUAGUUACUGGUAGUUACUAGUAGUUGCCGGUAGUUACUAGUAGUUACUGGUAGUUGGAGGUAGUCAUUGGUAAAUACUAGUAGUUAGUGGUAGUUAUCAGUAGUUACUGGUAGUUACUAGUAGUUGUCGGUAGUUUCUAGUAGUUGCUAGUAUUUCCUGGUAGGUACUAGUAGUUACUGGUAGUUGAUGGUAGUUAUUGGUAUUUACUAGUAGUUACUGGUAGUUACUAGUAGUUGCUGGUAGUUACUAGUAGUUGUCGGUAGUUACUAGUGGUUACUAGUAGUUGGUGGUAGUUAUUGGCAGUUACUAUGAGGGUUACUGGUAGUUACUAGUAGUUGCUGGUAGUUACUUGUAGUUGGUGGUAGUUACUGGUGGUUGUCGGUAGUUGCUAGUAGUCACUGGUAGUUGCUAGUAGUUGUCGGUAGUUACUAGUAGUUGUCGGUAGUUAAUAGUAGUUACUAGUAGUUGCUAAUAGUUGUCGGUAGUUACUAGUAGUUACUGGUAGUUACUAGUAGUUAUCGAUAGUUUCUAGUAGUUGGUAGUAUUUACUGGUAGUUACUAGUAGUUACUGGUAGUUGAUGGUAGUUAUUGGUAUUUUCUAGUAGUCACUGGUAGUUACUAG